AUGAAUGACACGGAGAUUAACAAGUUGAAAAGUGAGCUGGUAUGUAAGGAUGAAAAGUGCCAUAAGGCAGUCAAGUAUAAUUUUGGCUCGGAUCCACAAUUCAAAGAUGAGCAUAUACCGAAAAAGUUGUACGUCGUGUUGCAUGAAAUGAUGCAUGCCCUCGGCGGCUCUCACGAACAACAGCGUGGAGGGCGAACUGAAGACCUAUCGGUGGAUUAUAAUAACAUACAGAAUAGUGUGGCUAAUAAUUACUUCACUUAUUUUCCACAAGUCUCGGAAGUGCCUUCUGCUCCAUUCAGUUUGGCUUCAACCCUAAUGUAUUCUCGUUUUAUAUUCAACAAAAUCAGUGAUCAAGGAACCAUGAAAAUUAAAAACAAGGAUUUGGAAUUCCUGACCGAAAUAAUAAAAAGAGAUUUAUCCUUUUACGACCGUCUAUCGCUUACCAGUGUUUUCCAGUGUGGAAGAGAUUGUGGUGAUACAGUUUGUAAUAAUGGUGGAUUUGCAACUGUCACAGUCAAUAAUCCGUCUUGUGCUUGUGUGUGUCCUGAACAUCUCGGUGGAAUAUCGUGUGAUGAGCUAACUGGCAGUGCAACGUGCAGUAGAACGAUCAAUUUAGGACAAAGCGGAACUGACGUCAUUGAAUCACCAAACUAUCCUGCUAAUUAUAAUACAAAUGAAAAAUGCGUUUAUCUGAUAAAGUGUGUAGAUUUGAGUGAUAAAGAGGGGGAACUAGCUUUGAAAUUGUGUGGUCAGUGUGUAGAUUUGAGUGAUAAAGAGAGGGAACUAGCUUUGAAAUUGUGUGGUCAGUGUGUAGACUUGAGUGAUAAAGAGAGGGAACUAGCUUUGAAAUUGUGUGGUCAGUGUGUAGAUUUGAGUGAUAAAGAGGGGGAACUAGCUCUGAAAUUGUGUGGUCAGUGUGUAGACUUGAGUGAUAAAGAGGGGGAACUAGUUCUGAAAUUGUGUGAUCAGUGUGUAGAUUUGAGUGAUAAAGAGGGGGAACUAGUUCUGAAAUUGUGUGAUCAGUGUGUAGAUUUGAGUGAUAAAGAGGGGGAACUAGCUCUGAAAUUGUGUGGUCAGUGUGUAGACUUGAGUGAUAAAGAGGGGGAACUAGUUCUGAAAUUGUGUGAUCAGUGUGUAGAUUUGAGUGAUAAAGAGGGGGAACUAGUUCUGAAAUUGUGUGAUCAGUGUGUAGAUUUGAGUGAUAAAGAGGGGGAACUAGCUCUGAAAUUGUUUGGUCAGUGUGUAGACUUGAGUGAUAAAGAGGGGGAACUAGUUCUGAAAUUGUGUGAUCAGUGUGUAGAUUUGAGUGAUAAAGAGGGGGAACUAGCUCUGAAAUUGUGUGAUCAGUGUGUAGAUUUGAGUGAUAAAGAUGGGGAACUAGCAUUGAAAUUGUGUGAUCAGUGUGUAGAUUUGAGUGAUAAAGAGGGGGAACUAGCUCUGAAAUUGUGUGAUCAGUUUGAAGGUGCGGAUGUUGGGUCAAGAAUAAGAUUCAAUUUACAAAUUGUGGAUAUCCCAGAGAGAGGUGAUGGAUGCGCUCAUUCCUUGCAAAUAAGAAGCAACCUUAUAGGGGAAAGGGGCCCAAGUUAUUGUGGAUCAAAUAUGAACAAAGAAAUCCUGAGUGGAGCUCACCCCGAAUCACAUCUUGCAACUGUCAUUUGGGACACUAACUCAAAUCCAGCAGAAGAUGCUUCAACGGGGUUCUCUCUCACUGUUACUGCGAUCGUGUCGGGUUGUUUGAAUAGACCCUGCAAAAACGGUGGAACGUGUGACGAAGAUGAAAAUGUAACCGGUGGGUUUAUCUGCACCUGUCCCCCUGGAAUAGGAGGCAAUAAUUGUGGCGAAGCUAUAGGGACUGUUUCCUGUAACGAAGAUAUAGACGUUGAUAUUCAUGGGCAGUGCUUUUUGUCAAACUUACAAGACCGGGGUGCGCGAUUUUCAGACCGAAUUGUAAUGAACUUGGAAAAUGACCCUCCUGCACCACAAAACGGCAUCACAUUUUAUUCUGUCGUGCCGGUAUUUAACAGUGACCCCGAUCGUACAGCUGUUUUAAAAACCGACGUUACUUUUCAGGAUGACGUCCCACUGUGUGUGCGCUUCAAAACUGACGUAAAUAAUGAUGCCGGUUCUGCAAGCCAAUUAUCUCUCCAAGUCAGCGAUAAUGCAAACACUGAACGACGUACUCUACUUACUAUAUCUAACACUGGAAACGUUUGGGAAUCAAUAGAGCAUGAAAUUCCAUCUUCAGCUUCAAGCGUGAACAGAAUGGUGUACUUCAGUGGAACGUAUGGAUCAGGCUUGGGAGUUCAUCUUGAUGAUAUAUCUAUAUUUCCAGGAAAAUGUAAUUUGUGCAGUCCUAAUCCAUGUGAAAAUGGCGGAAGCUGUACACAAACAGGAAAUGUCAGGCAGUGUCAAUGUGUGACCGGAUUCGACGGGGACACAUGUGGGGAAAUUGUUCAAUGCCUUGCUGACACCUGUCUAAAUGGCGGAACGUGUCACAACAAUGGUGGUGUGCUCUCCUGUGAUUGUGUUACCGGCUUUACUGGACAGACAUGUCAAUUCAUAGAUCGAUGUGUGCCAAACAAUCCUUGUAAUAAUAAUGGCUUGUGUUCACAAUCUGAGGAUACCUACACGUGUACAUGUGCCAAUGGAUUUUGGGGAACAAACUGCGAUGACAAUGAUAUAUGUUUAACGGCUAACAAUUGUGAGAAUGGAGCGACUUGCAUACAAACAGGAAGCACUACUAAAUUUUGUAACUGUAAUGAUGGUUUCUACGGAACUCUAUGCGAAAUAACAGAUAUAUGUUCGACUCAGCCGUGUCAAAAUGGAGGCAACUGCAAUGUGGGGACGAAUUCCAAGUUUUACUGCUCCUGUCCAACUAAUUUCAUAGAAGAUUUAUGUUCUGUAGAUGGAGUCGGCUGUUCAUUUGAGAUAGACCAGACUUGUCCUUUCACCUCCGUACCUUUUGAUAAUUUUGACUGGGAGGUCAGCACCGAAGGAGGUCCUUCAACAAUGCAGCACGGAGAAGUAUACAUGUUCGCUAGUAAUGACGGUCGCAACAAUGGUGACAUGGCAUGGCUUUAUACAACUACCGGCAUGCCAACAACCGGUGAGUACUGUGUUACAUUUUACUUCGCGAUGUAUAAGGCUCCUGGACUUUUUGGAGUGUAUUCAACGACACCUUCAGACGACAGGCUCUCCUCAAGAUGGAUUGUAUCGGGAGAAAAUUUUACUGAGUUUAGACUUUCUAAAACCAAUAUACCUUCCGGACAUACAAAGGUUGCAUUCGUAAUAAGUCUAACCGGUGCUGUUGAUACUGGCGCAUACGUGGCCCUAGACAACAUCAAGAUUUAUUCCGGAUCUUGCGAUGCUUGCAAACCCAACCCAUGUGACAACGGAGGGACAUGUGCUGAGGUGAAUGGUGGCGCUUUCUGUACCUGUGCCAGUGGCUACAUGGGGCCAACUUGUUCCGAAAAUACGCCGGUUUGCGAAUCCAACCCUUGUCAAAACGGAGGGACAUGUUCUGGGUCUGCAGAUUCCUUCACCUGUGCUUGCGCCGAUGGAUUUUCCGGACUGCUUUGUGAACAAGGUCAGAUAGGAAUAAUAUUUCAGUGUAAUUCAGCACCGUGUCAAAAUGGAGGUACUUGUAACGCAGCAGGAUCAUCAUUUAGUUGUAGCUGUGAUACCGGGUUUACGGGAUCGACAUGUGAAACAAACAUUCAGUGUAAUUCAGCACCAUGUCAAAAUGGAGGUACUUGUAACCCAGCAGGAUCAUCAUUUAGUUGUAGCUGUGAUACCGGGUUUACGGGAUCGACAUGUGAAACAAACAGUAAGACACAAAAACUUUAA